CAGAAAUGCAAUAGACAAUUGCGUUUGUCUAGUCAUAAUAUGCAAGCCAUUUUAGAGGUUUGUGGACAAUUGUAGAUGGCUGAACCGUUGGUUUCCCGUGAAAAAAGUCAUGAACGCUGAUAAAAUGAGGCUGACUUUUCACAUCCGUCGUCUCCUACCAGCACUGAAACCCCUGUACCCAUCUAUGUGUUCAGUUAUUCCUGCCUGAUAUGAUGUGCAAGAGUCAAAAACAAAAAAAAACAAAAAAAUCAAACAACAGUCUGAGUUCUGUUUACAGAAAGUAGCAAUUGGACAUUGGUAGAUUGUCUUCUAAACUCGAGAAAGUCUGGUUUCGUUUUUGCUCGUUCUACGCGGUAUAAACAUAAACAAAUAAAUCAAGCAGGACGGACGGGACGGGACGAGACUGAACUGGGUGGUGCUUCGGGAACAUGCUGAUAAAGUUUGAGUUAUCUCGAAGAGAUUGACGAUUGGCCUUUUAAAUUUCUUUGCGACAUAUUACUAGAUUAGACAUGGAAGUUUUCUAUAUUAUUAUACAUAAUAAGGAUUAUUAUAGAGUCUGGAAACAAGUAACCCAAGCAAUAUAAACAAAAGCAAGAAGCAUAACUAAAAGAAGAAACAAAAAGACAAAAGGAAAGCAUUCAUAGAAGGGAUUGUUCAUAGAAGGGAUUGAUUUAGAAAUGAUACCGAAGAAAAGAACACCAAAAAUAGAAUCUAACAGACUCAUCUGACGUUCUUUCCAUUGUUUCUCAGCAGCCGAUUUAGGAUUCCUGGUUUUAUCGAGGACUAGCCAGUAGAAUAAUUCCUGCUAAAAAAGUCGUCUUUUGAAUGUGAUUUAGUUAUUAGUUGUCAAAAAGAGUGUUGUGGCAAUGUUUUCUACAGAUUAACAGAAUGAAAAGGGAAACAAGAAUUUUCGAUACUUUGUAUUUAAUUUUUGUCGCUAUGUUUUAAAUUUGAAUUUUGUUUAUGCUUUCCUUUCCGUAACUGGAUUCAAUUCAAUAGGAAAAGUCCCUUUCCUCUACCCAUCUCGCUAACCACUUAAGGUUAGAAAAGGUAAAUUAAGCGAUAUGAAAGAUCAACACUACACUGACUGCCAGUAUUGAGUUUUCUUGAAAAAAAAAAAAACACUCCAUUUGUAUCAAAGGCGGUACACCAUGUCAGAAAAUAUGCAGAUUGAUCAUCCAGAGGAUAUGUCGCAAAACGAGACUCCCCGUUUUGAUAUAAAAAAGUGGAACGCAGUUGCUUUAUGGCAGUGGGACAUUGUCGUAGAUAACUGUGCUAUUUGCAGAAAUCACAUUAUGGACCUUUGCAUCGAAUGUCAAGCAAAUCCUGAUUCGGCUGCUGCUCAAGAAUGUACCGUUGCCUGGGGUACUUGUAAUCAUGCUUUCCAUUUCCAUUGUAUUUCCCGGUGGCUGAAUACAAGAAACGUUUGUCCUCUUGACAAUCGUGAAUGGGAAUUUCAGCGUUAUGGCCAUUAAUCGUAAGCUUAUAAAAUAAAAGAUUCCGUAUUUUUUAUUCUCUUUCUCAUUGUCUAACUGCUUCCUCUUGUUCAAUCUUUCCGUGAACGGCAGUUUAACAUCUUACAUUGGAGAACGGUUUUUUUAUUAUGAAUUUCAAUUGAUGAAUGUACGGUAAAGACGAUAGUCAUGAUACUUUUUCUCCUUUGUUAUACUCGAAGCAGCAUCACCGCUUUUACGACUCGCUGUGUAGAAGCAUAAGUUUAUCAGAGGAACUAUCUUAAAGUAGUGAUACUCUCUAAUUUUGCUUUCAUUUUCAUUCGAAUCUAAAAGCUAGUGUAUAGCCAAUUCAAAUUUAUAUGUUAUGUCUCACACA